AUGGCUCGCAGUGGUUGGUACUAUGAUCGAGGGCUAGGACGCGACCGCGCCGUUUGCGUAUACUCAUGCCAAGUCAAUACCAGCAUAUUUAGUAUCCUCUGGAAAGCGCAAGGCCACCUCGAUACGUGCAACUACUUCCUUUCCACCGAAUAUGAAGAAAUACCGAGAGAGAACUAUACCGAAACUGAACGCCACAGCGUCUCUUCAGAGCUCCACCAAGACCGAUCGCGUUAUUCUGAAGGCGAGCACAGCAGGAAUCAGCCAUAUCCAAGCCUCUUGCUGGAUGCUCCGCCGUCUCGGGCUUCGGAAAUAGAAGCUACUACAUCUGCUGCUCUUCACAGAUCGGCUAUGUCCGUACAAAACUCGAUGCAAGAGGAUAGAAUGCAGAUCUGUGAGGACGGUGGCGUCAUGAUCGAUACACAUCAAAGGGAUGACGGCCCUUCAUUGGAUUACACCCAACUCGUUCAGCAAAAUAAGGAGCUGCGCGGCAACAUAGAGGAUCUAAUCGAGUACACAGACGAACUCAACUUGGACCUGGCCAGGGUUCGACCCGCAUUCACUAACUACAGGGACGAGCUCUUCGGAAUACAGCGCGAAAUGCUCGAGACCCUAUGCCAGCGUCAUCCUCGCCAGGCGGCGCAAUUCAGGUCCCAAACCAAGAAGAUGGCCAACAUCAAGACGCUGAACUUCGUGGAGGAAGUGUCCAAUGUCCUACAAGAGCUAGAGAAGUCUAAGAGGGAGAUCAAGAGGCUCAACGACAUCAACUCAGCAUUACAGCGGAAUCUAGAAACUCUUCAGGGAAAGGCUUUGGCGAAAACGGACCACUUCCAACCAGACCUCGACGCAAACCUCCAAAAUGCGUUUAAUAAUCUUGCCAACACUGUGAAGGGUGUUGGCAAGCUCGUUGGCAAGAAUCUCGCGCCAGGCGUUAUAGAAGGACUAGCAGCAAACAUGCUGACACCGAACGUACCGACGGAAACCUGGAGGGAUGAGAGAACCCGAAGGUACCUUGCGCCAAGCGUUGUCUGGUCACUGGUCCUCAGAGAGUUGUUCUCUUCUCCCUUUGCAGUCUUUGGAGAUGAUGCCUCACAUGUGGCCCUGGCUUGGGAGCAGCUAUUCUCUCAAGAUAAGCAAACGGAAUCUUCAUGGAGAGCAUGGCCGACACCUGAGACCUUGACGGAGAAAUGGCGGUCCGCCACAUUUGAACGCCUUUGCGCCGCGAAGCACGUCACUGUAGACAGCCCACCCGCUGAAGUGGUGGCCAGGGUCGAAAGCAAGCUUUGGAAUGAACUGCACACAGCCUUCCCGCCCGACCAGAAAGCGAAGCUUCAAACGCUAGCUAAGCUCGCUACCAAAUUCGCAAUCCAAAUUGGGCGCCAGCGCUCUCGAGUGGAAUUCUACUUCCCCGACUUGACCCAUGGCAACUUCCUCAACAUGGAGAACUUGAGUCGCGAGGAGUUCACAAACAUAAACACCAAAACGCUAGAAGCGAAGCAAGGAUUGUUCAGCUUCCUUGCUCGGCCUGGCUUGAAGAAGAGUGGCGAUGGGCAUGGAUUCUAUCUUACCGAACUUAUGUUUCUGUGUCCUGCCGAAAUCUACGUCACGGAAGUGUCCAGUGAUUGA